GUUAACGAGUGCGCUCUCUCUCUCUCUCUCUCAUCGGUGGUCGUCUAGAGCUAGAUUUUGGAAGUGGUGGUGGCCGAUGAUAUACAACCAUUUCAUUUGUAUAUAGACUGGAUAUGGAUAUCGUGGGGGAUGUGACGUCACUGGACCCUGAACUGUUGCUGCAACUACAAGAACAAGAGGUCUCCUCUGUAGUAAGGCUAAAGAACAGCCCUCGGAUUGCCGAAGACCUGUUUGCUCAGUGGUUAUCACUUCCACAAACUGGCCGACUGGUGAAAUCGUUACUUAAUGAUGCAAAAUCAGGUAUACCUACUAAUAAUGCCAUGGGGACCUCUUCGAUUUCAAAUGUUGUUGGUGGUAGCAAUUCAUUGGCUUCUAAGUUUCAUGUGGGUAGUAGUGCACCUCCACUUUCACCUGGAAUUGAUUCUAGUUCUCCGCGUUCUUUGAAGCAGAGGACUAACCCUUUUUCACUGGGUUCUACACUAAAAUGUGAACCAGUUAGAGAAAACAUACCUCAGUUCUAUUUUCAAAAUGGUUGUCCAGCCCCAAAGGAACUAAAAGAACAAUGUCUUUCUAGAAUCAAUCAGCUUUUCAAUGGAUCGGAUGGAUUGCAAGUACAUGAAUUUAAACAAGUCACAAAGGAAUUAUGCAAGUUGCCAUCAUUCUUUUCCUCUGCGCUUUUCAGAAAGAUAGACACUGCUUGCACAGGAAUGGUUACUAGAGAUGCAUUUGUCAAAUAUUGGGUUGAUGGCAACAUGCUGACAAAGGAUAUAGCGACCCAGAUAUUCAAAAUUCUUAAGCAACCUAACCUUAAAUAUCUUACCAAGGCUGACUUCAAACCUAUUCUUCGGGAACUUUUGGCUACCCAUCCAGGGUUGGAAUUCUUACAAAGCACACCCGACUUUCAAGAAAGAUAUGCUGAAACUGUUGUAUGCAGAAUAUUUUUCUACGUCAAUAGAUCUGGAAAUGGCCAACUGACCCUCAGGGAGCUGAAACGUGGAAACCUUAUUGAAGCAAUGCAGCAUGCAGAUGAAGAAAAGGAUAUUAACAAAAUUCUGAGGUACUUCUCUUAUGAGCACUUUUAUGUUAUAUACUGCAUAUUUUGGGAGCUGGACACAGACCAUGAUUUCUUAAUUGACAAGGAGAACCUUAUCAGAUAUGGUAAUCAUGCUCUUACUUACAGGAUCAUUGGUAGGAUAUUUUCACAGGUUCCAAGGAACUUUAGUAGCAAUAUUGAAGGGAAAAUGGCUUAUGAAGAUUUUGUUUAUUUCGUGCUUGCGGAGGAGGAUAAAUCAUCUGAACCUAGUCUUGAGUAUUGGUUCAAAUGCAUAGAUUUGGAUGGAAAUGGGGUGAUAACAGUGAAUGAAAUGCAGUAUAUUUAUGAGGAACAGUUUCACCGAAUAGAGUGCAUGGCCCAAGAGCCUAUACUAUUUGAAGACAUCUUAUGUCAGAUUGUGGACAUGAUUAAACCAGAGAGGGAGGAUUACAUCACACUCCGUGACUUCAAAGGGUGCAAACUUUCAGGACACAUUUUCAAUAUCCUUUUCAAUCUCAAUAAGUUCAUGGCUUUCGAAACUCGUGAUCCAUUUCUCAUUCGCCAGGAGCGAGAGGAUCCGUCUUUGACAGAUUGGGAUCGCUUUGCACAUAGAGAAUAUAUUAGGCUCUCAAUAGAAGAAGAGGGAGACAAAAAUGAAGGUAUUAAAGUCUGGAAAAGAUCAGUUGAGGCACCCUUUUGAGUUCAAUUAGCUUCCAAAGAAUGCCCGUGACACUCCCAGGAAACACUCAUUGAAUGAAUUCAACGGGAAAAAGUACGAAGAGUGAUCUGGUGCCUUUUCGUAAUACUCUGUCAUGAUGCAGUUGAAACAAGCAAGCACUUGGGAAUCCUGCAUCAAAACGUUGUAAUUAGGAAUGCCGAUUGGUCUUUCACAGAGGCAUAAUCAUCAAGCCGCAUUUCGACACUUUGUUUACUUGGUAUCAGCUCCAUUUCUUUUUCCCCAUCUAUUCUGGAUUCAUCCAUGCAGCUGUCAUGCAUGUUGCGUCCCGUCCCCCAUUCCAGUUACUCUGUUUACAUAUUUGUAGCCUGCUAUUAGUGAUGAUUUUGUGGAAAGUUAUUUAGCUUCACCAAAUUUAAGAUGAAAAUCUUGAAAGCUUGAUGUUGAAAUAUGAUAAAGCAUGUAAUAUUGAUAAAUGAAUGCGGCAACCUUGCGGCAUUUUGUACAGGCGCAAAACUAUACUUGUAUCGGCCUAUAAUUUCAUUUGACAAUUCAG